AUAUAAUGGUUUUUAAUGUUAGAGGAGGAAAAUGAUUAAAAGAGAAUUUUCUUUUUUCAAAACUUUGGUGCCAAAUAUAGUAACUUCACCACUACACAAGGUUGAGUUGCACGUUAAUUCGAGUAACAUAACAGAAGAUAGUAAGAACUAAAGAUUGAUUUUCGCGAAGCAGCAACAACAACAGCAACAGCAACGGGAGAAAUAUAAUAUGCCAGAAAAUAGCAAGAAGCACAAGGGAGAAACAUCUGAAAAAGUUGGGAAAAGUCAUGACUUGAACAGAAAGCCAAGGGUUAGAUGGACAGUGGAACUCCAUGAGCUCUUUGUUAAAGCUGUCAAUGAGUUAGGAGGUCCUUAUGAAGCAACACCGAAGAAUAUCAUGAAACUUAUGGAUAAUGAAGAUAUCACACCAGACCAUAUCAAAAGUCAUCUCCAGAAGUACAGACAGAGUAAAGAUAUCAGCAGCACCCCUAGAAGUACUAGUAAAGGCAAGUAG